GUGCCGUAAACUGCUGCUCACUUUACUUGUGCAGGUCACUGUUGAGUGUUUUUGUUUUGUUGACUUUGUGUUUGUCUGCACUACCCGUGUCCAUGGCCAAGUCUAUGAGUCUGCUGUGGGGGGCUGGAUCCCCUCCCUGCUGGAGAGUUAUGAUCACUCUGGAGGAGAAGAAGCUGCAAGGGUACAGACACAAGCUGCUAUCUUUUGAGAAGGGAGAACACAAAUCACAGGAAGUCUUGGAAAUCAACCCAAGAGGACAGCUCCCUGCCUUCAAACAUGGAGACAUCAUAUUGAAUGAGUCCGUUGCAGCGUGUUUAUACCUGGAGAAUCAGUUCAAGUCUCAAGGUGUCAAGCUGAUCCCAGACAGUCCUGCAGAACAAGCGCUGAUGUACCAACGCAUGAUGGAGGGACUCUGCCUCACUGAUAAACUCAAUUCAGUCAUCUACUAUGACCUGUUUGUCCCUGAAGAGGAAAGACACGAAUCGGCUCUGAAGAGAAACAAAGAGGCGCUGGUCACUGAACUAAAACUGUGGGAGGGUUACCUGCACAAGGUAGAGCAUGAACAGCACACACACACACACGCACACCAGUGUUUCUUUUAUUUGAUUUCUGCUAUCAAGGUGGCUGCAGGCUCGUACCUGGCAGGGGCCUUCUCGUUGGCUGAUGUGAUCGUCUUUCCAAACACUGCUUAUGCUUUUCGUUUUGGGCUGUCUGCUGGACGUUACCCCAAACUGGCCAAAUAUUACAGCCUGCUGAAGGACAGACCCAGCAUCAAGGCCAGCAGGCCCCCACAGUGGCUGGCCAGCCCGCAGGGACAUGAAAUCCUGAGGGAUCUUUAACACAAUGCCUUCACCAUGAUACUGUAUGAAAAAUA